ACCCGUGACACCGAGAGCCAAAUGGAGCCCCGCCAUUUCCGCCGCCCCUUGCUGCCUCUCCUCCUCGCCGUCCUCCUCGGCCUCCGGCGCUCCGGCGCGCUGGGCGACGGCAACUACACCGUCCCCGCGCGCUUCGCCUGCAGAGUCCCGGCGCCGUGCGACACGUACGUCGUGUACCGGACGCAGUCCCCGGGCUACCUGGACCUCGGCAGCAUCUCGGACCUCUUCGACAUGAGCCGGGCGCGGAUCGCCAGCACCAACAACCUGACCUCCGAGGACGCCGUGCUCCUGCCGGACCAGCCGCUGCUCGUGCCCGUCCGCUGCGGCUGCACGGGCGCCUGGUCCUUCGCGAACGUCACGUACCCCAUCCGUCUCGGCGACAUCUUCUACAACCUCGCCGGCGUCUCCUACGAGAACCUCACCGAGUACCACCUCGUCCAACAAAUGAACGCCGAGUUGGAACCCACCAAACAGGAGGUCGGGCAGGAGAUCACGGUGCCGCUCUUCUGCCGGUGCCCGACUCCGGAUGAGCGGCGCCGUGGGGUGCAGAGCCUCAUCACCUACGUGUGGCAACAAGGGGACAGCAUGUCCCAGGUGAGCAAGCUGAUGAACGCUGCCGGGGACGACAUCGCCGAGGCGAACAACGUCACCAGCAGCUUCGCCUCCGUCAUGGGCCCGCCGAUGCUGAUCCCAGUUCGGCAGCCGCCGCAGCUUCCGCCGGUGCUCUACGCUGCUAGUGGAGGCGACAAGUCCAGGUCGCGCCGUCGGGGUAUCACCAUAGGCCUCGCCAUCUCAGGGUCUCUCGUGGCGCUCGCUGCCGUGUGCGUGGCGAUCCUGGCGCACCGGAGGUACCGCAAGAAGGCGUCGGUGCGCCUGGGUGUGAGCCCCAAGCUUUCGUGGCCCAAGAACCAGUUCGGUCUUGAGAGCAGCAAUUCCUUCGCCCACGUGAUCAAAGGGGACAACAAGCUGCUCACCGGCGUGUCGCAGUUCAUCGACAAGCCGAUCCUCUUCGUGGAAGAGGAGAUCAUGGAGGCGACGACGAACUUGGACGAGCGUUGCAGGAUCGGGAGCUCGUACUACCGGGCGAAGCUCGACGGGGAGGUGUUCGCGGUGAAGCCGGCGAAAGGUGACGUGUCGGCGGAGCUGAGGAUGAUGCAGACGGUCAACCACGCCAACCUGAUCAAGCUGGCCGGCGUAUCCAUCGGCGCCGGCGGGGACUACGCCUUCCUGGUGUACGAGUUCUCCGAAAAGGGCUCGCUCGACAAGUGGCUGUUCCAGAAGCCGCCGUCGGCGCUGCCGUCGUCGUCGUGCACCGUGGCGGCGACUCUCUCGUGGGUCCAGAGGCUGAGCAUUGCGCUGGACGUCGCCAACGGCCUGCUCUACAUGCACGAGCACACGCAGCCGAGCAUGGUGCACGGCGACAUCCGGGCGCGGAACAUCCUCCUGACGGCGGAUCUCAGGGCCAAGAUAUCGGGCUUCUCCCUUGCCAGGCCAGCCACGGCCGAAGCCGCCGCGACGAGCUCCGACGUGUUCGCCUUCGGGCUGCUGCUCCUGGAGCUCCUCUCCGGCCGGAGGGCGAUGGAGGCGCGCAUCGGCUCGGAGAUCGGCAUGCUGUGGCGGGAGAUCCGCGCCGUGCUGGAGGCCGGCGACAAGCGGGAGGCGAAGCUGAUGAAGUGGAUGGACCCCGCCCUGGGAAGUGAGUACCAGGUCGACGCGGCUCUCAGCAUGGCCGGCAUGGCGAGGGCCUGCACCGAGGAGGACGCGGCGCGGCGGCCGAAGAUGGCCGAGGCCGUGUUCAGCCUCUCCGUUCUGGCGCAGCCGUUGUCGGUGGGCGACGCGUUCGAGAAGCUGUGGCAGCCCAGCUCGGAGGACAACAUCCGGAUCGCCGGCUCGGUGGCGGCCCGAUAGGAUCAAAGCAGAGCUUCGUUUAACAGAAUUGGUUUUUUGCUAGUUUCCUUGACUUCAACCUCCACUGUAACUAGUUUACUGCUACGUCUCGGAGUAAAUCUGUUUAAAAUGUGUAUCAAUUGUACGAUAGUUUGCUUCAGUUGUACUGUACACUAGUAAUGUUUUUCAUCGCGCACAAAUUCAGCCACUUGUGUUCAAUCUCUCUGUUCUUGGAGCACAUUGUUUUUGUUCAGGAUCCCGGGUUACAGUUUGGAAUCUAGGUGUGAACUACCUUUUUGUCAUCUUCAGUUUGGAAAGUUCAUAAAGAACAACGGAAGCAAUUACCAUUUGCC